AUGGACCGAUACUGUGUAGCUUUGUUGCUGCUGUCUUUAUCCACCAGCGAUGCCUACAAAUUCCUUGUUUACUCUCCAUUAUUUGGCUACUCCCACACACAUUUCAUGGGAGCUAUAGCGGAUACCCUCACGGAAAGGCCGGACACGAGUAAUUUGAUAUCCGACGAUGCUCUAAUGAAACGAUUGGCUGAUGAGAAGUUCGACGUCGGCAUCGCUGAAGCCUUCAGUAUUUGUGGUUUGGGAAUAUUCGAGAUUUUGAAGAUCCCGUCAUCAAUCUCCACAUUUUCUGGUGUACAUUCGGACAUCACAUCGAACAGCAUAGGAGAACCAAUAACACCGAGCUAUGUUCCUGGCGAGAGCCAUGGCAACCAAAGGAGACCGUAUGAACCUCAUCGAUCGCAUGAAAAACGUGUU